AUGGCUGCCGACACCGAUCACAUCACCCUGACGGCCCAGUGCCUCUGCAAAGCGCAUUCCUUCUCCACGAAGGUACCCCAAUCCAAGUUACCUCUAGAUGGAUCAAUGUGCCACUGCACAUCCUGUCGAAAUGUCACCGGCGCCAUGUACAGCAGCGAUACAGAUUGGCCCGGACCAGCAGAUGAGAUCCUCAACUCUGAUCUCAAGACUUAUGCCUUUACCACCAACGUCAGCAUUUUGUUUUGCGGUUCUUGCUCUUCGCCCUUGUUCUGGAACGAACAUUACGAGGACAAACCUCAGAACAUCAGUGUGUUUACGGGCGCGCUGAAUAACGUCGAGAUCAAUGAGUUGAUCAGGUUCUCGAGGCAGAUUUUUGUAGGCGAUACAGUCGAUGGGGGAGUUUCUCCGUGGCUGCAAUUUCCGACUGUCCAUGGUUCGAAGGCUUGUCGCUGGCAGGGGAGACCUGAUAAGAGUGAAGAGUUGGGCGAUGACUGGCCCGGUACCAAAAAGCCUUCGAUUGCCAAAAAUGCUUCAAAGGCAGAAAUUCCUCUACACUGUCGUUGCAAAGGAGUCAACUUGGUCUUUCGUCCGGGCAACGUGGACUUUUCGACCAUGGACGUUGACUCUAUCCCAUUUUACAUCGACCCGGAAUCCCACAAACACCUCGCGACGCUUGAUCCAUGCAACUCUUGUCGCCUUUCUACUGGGGCGGAAAUCCUGAGUUGGACUUUUGCUCUUCUCAAGCAAAUAGACUUUGCCGAAGACUCCACAGGACCCUCAUUCCCUCGUAGCACGCUCGAGCUCAAGGAUGCUGUCGAGAGCACUGGUCGAGAUUCUCGGUACGGGACUCUUUCCAUGUAUCGAAGCUCGCCAGACGUGCAGAGAUAUUUCUGCUCACGAUGUUCUGCGUCGGUAUUCUAUGCAGUCGAUGAUCGUCCAGAUCUCGUUGAUGUGGCUGUUGGACUUUUGCAUGCCCCAGAUGGAGCCAGAGCUGAGAGCAUUUUGGCUUGGCAUUUGGGCGCAAAGAUGAUGGGCGAGGAAGACUAUAAGGGUGGCUGGAGGGAGGGGUUCUUGAACGCAGUGAAGGAGACAUCAGAGAAGUGGAGGCUUGAAAAUGGUUUUCCUAAGACAUGGGCGAGGGUCAAAUCUGAGAGUUCCUCAAAGGCUGCCUGA